AAAAUGGCCUUUAGGACACCCUAUAGCUAUUACGAGUACCUUAUCAUGCUAUUUAGACUUACGAACGCGCUAGCAACAUUAUUUAACGAAUUUUAUAUAGUUUGUUUAGAUAAUAUCUUAAUUUUUUUACCUAACUAUAAAACGUAUAUAAAAUAUAUCUAA